UUUUCCGUUUUCUCUUAUGUGAGGAUGAAGAGGAAGCAGGCUUAUUGGAGCUCUUAAAAUCCCAGAUUUGUGAUAAUGCUGCACUCUAUGCACAAAAAUAUGAUGAAGAAUUUCAGCGGUACCUGCCUCGUUUUGUCACAGCCAUCUGGAAUUUACUAGUUACAACAGGUCAAGAGGUUAAAUAUGACUUGUUGGUAAGUAAUGCAAUUCAGUUUCUGGCUUCAGUUUGUGAGAGACCUCACUACAAGAAUCUGUUUGAGGACCAGAACACGCUGACAAGUAUCUGUGAAAAGGUUAUUGUGCCUAACAUGGAAUUUAGAGCUGCUGAUGAAGAAGCCUUUGAAGAUAAUUCUGAGGAGUAUAUAAGAAGAGAUUUGGAAGGAUCUGAUAUUGAUACUAGACGCAGGGCUGCUUGUGAUCUAGUACGAGGAUUAUGCAAGUUUUUUGAGGGACCCGUGACAGGAAUCUUCUCUGGUUAUGUUAAUUCCAUGCUGCAGGAAUAUGCAAAAAAUCCAUCUGUCAACUGGAAACACAAAGAUGCAGCCAUUUACCUGGUGACGUCUUUGGCAUCAAAAGCCCAAACCCAGAAGCAUGGAAUUACACAAGCGAAUGAACUUGUAAACCUGACUGAGUUCUUUGUGAAUCACAUUCUCCCUGAUUUAAAAGCAGCUAAUGGUGAGUUUUGUGAAAUGUUUUUAGUACAGCUUACACUAUAUCUGCAAUUUUUUUUUUUUUUGCAGUACGCGGCCCGGGCCUCUCUCACUGUCGCAGUCUCUCCCGUACGGAGCACAGGCUCCGCGUGCGCAGGCUCAGCGGCCAUGGCUUACGGGCCUAUCCGCUCCACGGCAUGUGGGAUCCUCCCGGACCGGGGCACAAACCCAUGUCCCCCACAUUGGCAG